AUGUCUCGAAUUACUGCCAUUCACAAAGUCGGCGCAUUUCGGCGCCUUGUCACGCUGAACACCCCGCGAGCUUAUGACUCCUACUAUCCUGGAAAGCAUAGGUGUUCAAAGUCCAUCCGGCCUUUUCACUGCAGCAGUCAAAGGAGGACGCUUGGGGACACCUCAAGCAUUGACUUUGCUUACUUCCCUCAAUACGAGCUCCGUGAGCCCGCAAAGAAUGAGAUAAUGCGUAUUCCCAUCCUUCCCUUCAAUUCUUCACCGCCUGCAAGAAGCAACGAAGCUCUUGAGUCGGUGAUCCGACCGGAGAUCACAACGGCAAGUGCGAAUGGAACACAUAUCGAGUCUCCCUCCGCAAUGUCAGACGUGACAGACAAUCCAGGACACACAGAUCUCGAUCCUUUUGACUUGACGAACACGGUCACCACGGCGGCGUCUGAAGUGACGGGUUUGCCCAUCGAAAGACUGCAGGAGCCGGGGGUCGUAAAGGAACUUUGGAAUGGACUGCUGGAUGAUAUUUUAGGGGCGAGGAAGACUGCGAAGGCGUGA